GGCAACGUAGCGUAACGAGGGGUGGAUCGGAUCGGAGGUAACAACCCAGUCCGUCGGGCCGAUUAGAUAUACGAGAACGUGUAUUUUCGGCAUUGCAGAUGCAAAAUCUACGUUUUUUUUUCAUAAAUAAAAUCAAAAUAGUGUAAAGAAGGAUGUUUAGUUGUUUAAAAUGAGAAAUUUUGUUUUUUUUUCAUAAUUUACGUGUACAAAUAUGUCCGCUAAUGCCAAUAUAUAAGUGCCUGUUGUAAUUAUAUAGGUUUAAAUAAAAUGUUCGCUUUGGGAUUGAUUUACAAUGUUACUAAAGCGUCUUUUCAAAUGGUCCAAGACAUGGAUUUUGCAGAUGCAAUCGAUAACAUGGAAAGAUGUCUGCUCUACAUAGGCGGGGGGGCUGGAGCUUUGGCUCUAACAGGGGUGGCUGCAGCUUCAGCGUAUUAUCUAGCAAAAGGCUCAAAUCCAGUCCCACAGAGACCAUUGUUCCCUUUAGAAGCUCAAUGUAUAGAAGAAGAAGAAGGUCCGGAUGUAAUAAGAGUUUCCAGAUUUUUCAAUCAAGCGAAAGAAGGUAAAUUCAUCAGUUACGUUUAUUCGGAUGCCAAAACUCUUUACGAAUCCUUCAGAAGAGGAGCCAAAGUAUCAAAUAACGGUCCGUGUUUGGGUUGGAGAGAAUCGUAUACCAAGCCAUAUCAAUGGGUUAAUUACAAUGAAGCUUUGCUGAGAGCGAAAAAUUUCGGUUCCGGUUUGGUGGCAAGCGGUUUACCGCCGGGGCAAAGCACCAUCAUAGGAAUAUAUUCACAAAAUUCACCAGAAUGGAUAUUAACUGAGCAAGCUGUGUACUGCUAUAGCAUGGUAUUAGUACCGCUGUAUGAUACUUUAGGCCCGGAGGCUUGCGCUUUCAUAAUCAAACAAGCUGAAAUUUCUACUGUUAUUUGUGAUGACGACGCUAAAUGCAAUCUUCUAUUAGAAAGAUCGCCGAAUUGUCUAAAAAAAUUGAUCGUAAUGAGAGACGUAAGGGCCGCUACGAAGCAACGGGCCAAAAAUCGGGGAGUGGAAAUAAUCAAAUUCAACGACGUCGAAGAUUUAGGAGCGAAAACAAAUCAUCCAGAAGUUCCUCCGAAGCCCUCGGAUCUAGCGACCAUUUGUUAUACGAGCGGAACGACGGGGAACCCGAAAGGGGUUAUGUUGACUCACGAAAAUAUAGUGGCAUCUAUGAGCGCCGUCAUUUUACAAUUCGGAGAUCAUAAAUUGAAAAAUACCGAUAUUUUGAUAUCUUUUUUGCCUUUGGCGCAUAUGUUGGAAAGAUGCUGUGAGAACGCCAUGUAUUGCGUUGGAGGAGCUGUCGGUUUCUAUCUAGGCGACAUCAGGAGAUUAUCUGACGACAUGAAAGCCUUAAAGCCGACGGUAACGCCCGCAGUUCCGAGAUUAUUAAACAGAAUAUACGAUAAAGUACAAGCCGAUAUUAAUUCCAGUUGCGUCAAAAAGGCUCUAUUCAAUAUGGCACUCAGCGCCAAAGAAAAGGAACUCAAAAGGGGUGUGGUGAGGAAGAACAGUUUUUGGGACAUGUUAGUGUUCCGGAAGGUUCAAGAGGGCAUGGGGGGUCACUUGAGGUUGAUGUUAGUCGGAUCAGCCCCGUUAGCCGAGAACGUUCUUUCGUUUGUUAGAUGUGCCUUAGGUUGCGUGGUGGUUGAAGGUUACGGUCAGACGGAAUGUACAGCUCCGAUCACUUUAACAAUUCAAGGAGAUCAUACGCCGGGUCACGUGGGACCGCCUGUAGCUUGUUGCUGCGUCAAAUUAGUAGACGUACCCGAAAUGGAGUAUUGGUCGCGUAAUAAUCAAGGCGAAGUUUGCGUUAAAGGCACUAACGUUUUUCAAGGUUAUUACAAAGAUCCCGAAAAAACAGAAGAAGUUAUAGACGAAGCAGGAUGGCACCAUACCGGAGAUAUAGGAAUGUGGUUACCAAAUGGAACGUUAAAAAUAAUCGACAGAAGAAAACAUAUUUUCAAAUUAUCGCAAGGAGAAUACAUAGUACCAGAAAAAAUUGAAAAUAUUUACAUUCGUUCGCAAUACGUUAGUCAAGUUUACAUAUAUGGAGAAUCAUUAAAAUCGUGUAUAGUGGGGAUUGUAGUACCGGACGUAGACGUAAUUAAAUGUUGGGCUCACGAGAACGGCAUUCCCGGAACACUCAGUAUACUAUGCAAUAAUCCCGAAGUCAAACAAUUGAUUUUAGACGACAUGAUAACGUGGGGCAAAGAAGCAGGAUUAAAAUCCUUCGAACAAGUUAAGGAUAUUUAUCUUCACCCAGACAACUUUAGUAUUCAAAAUGGUUUACUAACACCGACUAUGAAGUCGAAACGUCCGCAAUUGAAAGCUUACUUUAAGCCCCAAUUAGACGAUAUGUACAGCAGACUAACGUAGAUUUUUUUUCUUUAAGAUAAAUCCUUGUAGCCGUAGAAUUAUAUUAAGCACGUGAUUUUUUCCGAAGUUUUAUACAAAAAAAAUAACGUUUACGAAAUUUAUUUCUUGAAUUUGUAAUUUGUUUUAUAUUAUUCCAAAAUGUUGCAGACGGAAUCCACGCGAAAUGUUUAACAGAAAGAUGGUGGAUAAUUGAUAAUAAUUAAAAUAACUUACCAGUAGAAAUCAGGUUUACACUUGGAACACUAUCACUAAAAUAACCACAAACUAUACAUUAUCACUAUAAAUAUUUAAAAGAACAUUUUUAUAAAAAUAUCGAUAUUAUUUUAAUAGUUUAAAUAAUCAAAAAAUUCACUUAGAGCAACUACCUGUUAGUUUACACACACAACACUUUUAGUGGAGACGACAAGAGAUGGAUGUUGUGACGUAAUUUCCGACUACAUAACAAAUUUUGUGACGUUCAAUUUCACGUAUAUAAAUUAGAACAUUACUCGACAUUAUAUUUUACUCAUUUUAGUAAAUAAUAAAUGGAAAUAAUAAAUAAAAACAAUUUUAAUUUAUCUAAAUUGUGAAAUAUAACAUUUUUCUUGUUUAUACACGAAAUAGUAGGAUAGGGACUUGAUCAAAUUGACAAGAAAAUGUUAAGGAAGGAGUUAAGCGGAUCAGGAAGGUAUUAUGUCACUUCCUUGUAAGAAAGAUUCUAACUGAUGUUUCAUAUAUAUUGUUUCCAAUAAAUUAAAAAUGAUUUUUUUAUCACUUAAGUAUGAAUUUUGAAAAAAAAACGUAUGGAUUCUGAUCUCAUAAAAGAUAAAUCGUUAUAAUAACAUAUAUAAAUGUGAUUACAAAAAAAAUAUCGAAAUAAAUAAUUUUUGAUUAUGUAAAAUAAUUUCAAUAGCAAUAAUUGAAAGAGACCAGUUAAAUAGUAAAUUUAGCUGUAAUAGAUCAUAACUUGAUUUUUAUUACAAUAUCCAUAUUACUUAUAUGUAUACAGGAUGUUAUUUAAAUCACUGAAUAAAAUUUUUUGAGUAUUCUAAUAACUUUAUAUAACCAAAAAGAAGUGGAAGGAAAUUUUUUGCAGGUUUUUCUAAAAUUAAUAUUGGAUAAGGCACUGUAAAAUAUCACCUCUUUUAUUACUGUUUCAACUUUUUUUUAUCAAUUGAUGUAUGUAAACUUAACAUAACUUUCAGUCGCAUAUGUCAACAAAUUUCAUGGUUCUAGCCAGGACCGUAAUAAUAUAUUUUGGUUUAAUUAAAGAUGAACAAAAUGUGUAUUUUGUGUAGAAAAUCUAUGGUAAACAGAUGAAGUAUUUAGAAAAAUAUAUUUUAUACUAGUUUUUUUUAUCAAUCACUAAUGAAAGACUAUAGUUCAAUCCACGAGAUGCUUAUAAAUAAUGAAUCACACUAUAAAUAAAAAAAUUAUUUAGUAUUAGAAUACAUCAUUUCAGUUUGGGUAUAAAAUAGAAUACUUGCGUCCUUAAACCUUCAGUAGUUUCUCUCGUAAAAGGACGUGAAAUAAUUUUUUAAUAUUUUACAAUACAAGAAGACCUAAAGCAAAAUACUUAGUUAGUACAAGAACUUAAAUAUUGUUAAUAAUAGUUUAUUUUGUAAGACAAUAUGUUACACCUGAAAAAAAAGUAAAAACUUAUUGUUCAAUUA